GUGCAAUGAAUUCACCACGCACGUGAUGAACCUCCUGCGAGAGCAGAGCCGAACACGGCCCAUUUCCCCCAAAGAGAUCGAGAGGAUGGUUGGGAUCAUCCACCGGAAAUUCAGCUCCAUCCAGAUGCAGCUCAAGCAAAGCACCUGUGAGGCAGUCAUGAUCUUGAGGUCCCGCUUCCUUGAUGCCAGGCGAAAAAGGCGCAACUUCAGUAAACAAGCCACAGAAAUCCUGAAUGAGUAUUUUUACUCGCACCUCAGCAAUCCCUACCCCAGCGAAGAAGCCAAAGAAGAGCUGGCAAAGAAAUGCAGCAUCACAGUAUCACAGGUAUCCAACUGGUUUGGCAACAAGAGAAUCAGGUACAAGAAAAACAUCGGGAAGUUUCAAGAAGAAGCCAACCUUUACGCUGCCAAAACAGCUGUGACGGCAGCUCACGCCGUAGCCGCUGCUGUCCAAAACAACCAGACCAGCUCGCCCACCACACCAAACUCUGGUACUUCUGCUUCUUUUAACCUUCCUAAUUCUGGGGACAUAUUCAUGAAUAUGCAGAAUCUGAAUGGGGAGAAUUACCAGGGGUCUCAAGUUGGAGCCAAUGUGCAAUCACAGGUGGAUACCCUGCGUCAUGUUAUCAAUCAGACGGGAGGAUACAGUGACGGUUUGGGAGGAAAUUCACUGUACAGUCCACAUAACUUAAAUGCAAAUGGAGGCUGGCAGGAUGCGACCACUCCAUCUUCGGUGACUUCUCCCACGGAAGGCCCGGGAAGCGUGCACUCCGAUACCUCUAACUAAGCCCCCAGCAAGUCCUUCCUCUCCUCCCCUCCUCCUUCCCCUUCUCGCCCCGCAAGAAUGCGCUGAGAUGCCUCCUUCUCCGUCCGUUCGCAAUCCCAGAAGGGAAAAGACAAGGGGGGAAAAAGGAGGGGAAAAAACCAUCUUUCCUCAGCCCAACAUGAAGAACCCUUUUUUUCUGUACCGCCUUGUCGUACCGAGCAAAAUUUGGACUCCCUUGUUUUGUGUGGUUGAUAUCUUUAAAAAAGAAAAAAACAGAUCUUUUUCCCACCCCCCGGAAGGUGUGAUUUUAAAUCUUUGAACUUUGGUCUCACCGAGAGGUGCGCACUCCCUCCAUAUUAAAAAAAAGGGGGGGGGGGAAAUAAACAAAUAAAACCACCAAGCACUUUAUCCAGCUGAGGGCCAAGAUGGCGCACAGUUUUGUCCUCUUUUCCAGCGGAUUCUUCAAAGAUGGCCGCCUCGUCAGUGGCUUCUUGGCUUCAAGAGGUCGUCGAAGACUUGAUUCUAAACGAAUAAACUCACGUUUUAUCCGCGCCGGACUGAGCUGGUGACCGACGGGGGGCUGGGGGAAGGGGAGAAGAGCUGGGAGACUUUUGCCCCCACCCAGUUUCCACCGCCAUUCCACAACCUUAGUUGUGACCGUUUUUUUCAGAGCAGAGUGAAUCUGUCUUUUUCUUCAACGCUUCCUUGCUUUUCCGCUGAGAUUUGUCGGGGUUUUCUUCCUUUCGAACAUUCGCAACUGACGAUAGCACAGUCCUCUUCUCCUCCAGGUCCGUUGUCCGGCACAGAUAAUCCGUGCGAGGUGGAGACACUGGCUUUUGAUGUUUGAAGAUAUAUAUAUAUAUAUAUAUAUCUAGAUUUAGAUAUAUAUGUAAAACCCAGUUGCCAAGUUUGACAGUCCACGUUGUGUUGCAUCCGCCAAGGUUCGGCAUCGCUCCUUCACGUUGGCCGAUGGGCGCUACCCUCUGGAGCGUUGUAUAUAGUGUAGCUAAAAAGAAUAUUUAUACAUCUCACCAAUCAAAACACAGCUUUAUUACCUCAUGCGAACCAAUAGAACCAUGCUUUAGCUUAGAGUGCUCACUACUACCUCUAAAACCAGCCUUCUUCAACCUGGGAUUCUCAAGAUGUCGUAGACCGAUUCAGCCUUCGCCAUCCCUGGUCAGCCAUGUCUCCUGGGGCUGAUGGGAAUUGUAGUCCAACACACACCCAGAGGGUGCUGGGUUGAGGAAGCCUGCUCUAAACAAUACUCACGCUGUACUUUCUUUUCCCCCCCCCCCUUCCUCUUCUUUAAUCUCUUCCCUCCUUUAUUUUUCGACUGUUUAAUUUUACCAUCUUGUAACCAACUCUUUCAGUUCUUUCUCCAUGUAAUUGUACAUUGUAAUCUUUUAAAUAAUAAGGAAAAAGAAAAGUUUUUUUUUAAAAAAAACGGGAAAAAAAAGAAAAAAAAA